GAUGCAAUGUUAAUGCUCAAUUGCUAGAGAGGACUUCACAGGAUGUACUGCGGGAUGUAGUGCGCACGCGCGGCUCAGAGCCACUGUUUGAGACGGAAGACUGCGGAGUGUAUUUACACUUACUGCGAACCACGAGAAAAACUCAAGAAAAGUGCAGGUCAGAUCAGAAGGAUGUCAGGGUUUUUGGAUGGGAUCAGAUGUGGAGAUUGCGAGUGUAAUGUGGACUGGGGUGAGAAGAGAAACACCAUUGCCUCCAUCGCAGCUGGAGUUCUGUUCUUUACAGGCUGGUGGAUUAUUAUUGAUGCAGCGAUAAUGUACCCUAAGGAGGAAGAGUUUCACCACGCAUACCACACGUGCGGAGUCAUAGCAACUAUAGCCUUUCUCAUGAUCAAUGCAGUGUCAAAUGGUCAGGUGAGAGGGGACAGCUACAGCGAGGGCUGCUUGGGACAAACAGGUGCAAGAGUGUGGCUUUUUAUUGGAUUCAUGUUGGCAUUUGGGUCUCUCAUCGCCUCUAUGUGGAUUCUGUUUGGGGGUUUCGUUGUGUCUGAUCAAAAGACCCUUCCGGUGUAUCCUGGUAUUGCUAUUUUUUUCCAGAAUGCAUUCAUCUUCUUUGGUGGUCUGGUGUUCAAGUUUGGACGCACUGAGGACCUCUGGCAGUGAUGAUACCUUCUACCUUCCAUCAAAUCCCACAGUCCAUCAACACAUAACUUUUUCUGUACUUUGAAUUAUUGCUGCCUAUUUGCUCCUCUUCUUUCAACUCAUUCGUUUCUGUUAUAUGGUCCUUUAUUCUAUCUUUCCCUGUGUGGCCACAGAGAGCACAUAGUUUGCAAGAAAUGCAUCAAGUCCAUGCCCUAUAGUCAGUAUAGACUGACUGAAUAAAAAUUCAGAUUCUGUAACCUAUUGGAAAUAAUUAGGAUUGGAAAAUAAUUGGAAUAGUUCUCAAAAGUUGAAUUGCACCAUAGAAAUGUUUUUUAUUCCGCUUUUACAAAAGCAAAGAAAUAAAGCCACAGCAGAAUGCUUGCACCUUAUGUUUGUGUUUCAUCCACAAGUGAUGCGUCUAAAAAGCUUUCAUCUCAAUAGGAUGUGAUUUGAGCAUCACAGGUGGCAGCAAACUGCAUUUUCUGUGCUGAUUCUUAUUUGCACAUGGUCAAAUAUGCUAAAUUGAACUGACAGUGUGACAGUCUUACUUCAUAACCCAUUUUCAACCACUUUUACAUUAUUAAAUAGCAAAUAGCUCUGUGAUAUUCAGCUUUCAUUUUGCAUAGACGGCAGAAUCUAUAUUACCAAAAUGAGUGUGACUGUCAGUCAUUUCUUAAACUUCACUGUGUUUCUAUUUUAAUUGUGUUCUCAUUUGCAUGUAAAUCUGUUUUAUUAAUCCACCAAAUUCAUUUCUGUACAUUUACAUGCAAAACAUUAUAAUAUGUAACAUACUCGUAUUUGUUUUUUAUGCAUCCUGUGUUUUUAUUUUUUUACAGGUUUCCCACAACUUGUUAAAAUAAUUUUCCCAGUCAUUCAUUACCAAUUUAAUACCAAAAAAAUUGGGCUUGCAAGGAACUAUUUAUAGCUGUUAAAUUAUUUAUUGUCUGGCCCGAACAGUUUUAAAGUUUGUAAUUUCUUCACUAUUAAGGCAACCACACAGAAUUGCAAUCUUUUUUCUAAAGGUGGGACUACCUGUCCAUCUGACCAAUAGUAGGUGAAGUGUUUGAAACUGGAUUGACAAAAGCCAAUAUGUUUGCUAUUUUGUUUGGUGCUGUUGUAGUGGUGCAGAAAUCUCAUCUUUAAGAUUUUCUCAGUUUUUCAUGAGCGUGGGAACCCUGGUUUAUGUUUUGUGUUCUGGAGAUGUAAGCUCGUCCUCUGUGUAUGGUUGGACAUGUGGGAGCUGUAUAAAAAGUCUGUAUUUUUAUUUUA